AUGGAGCUGAACAAUAAUCCACUCGGCGCUUUUUCGACUCUAGCAAGAGAACUGCGAGACGACAUAUGGUACUAUGCACUCACCGAUUCAACGAUCGUGUACCAUGCAAUCACAGAAGCAGUGCCACUCCCGUUGCUAGGUUGUUCAAAAGUCAUUCGUGAGGAAGUUCUACCCAUAAUACUUCGAGAGAGGAGCGUCACGUUCCAGACACAUGCCGCACUAUCGAGCUUGCUUGCGGAUUACAAGAGCGAGAAAUCAGACGCGACAACCCAUGAAACAUCCACAGCACUAGUUCAUGCUGGACUGCCAAAGAAGAUACGACUUUCGCUAUUCUGUAGCGACUACCAGGCGUAUAGGAUGGCCAAGACCUCCCUAGAGAGGUCGUUUAUAGACGAAAUCGGACGUAUUCCUGAGGAGCAUUAUGAAUCGGAGCUUGACGGUUGGCGGGAGGCACUCCAGCAGUAUCCCAUUACACAUCUUACAACAGUAACUUUGGACUGCACUUUGAGUCCAAGGUACUACGGCGGACCUGGUGAUGCACCUCCAGGCAUGACGAGGUUCACCAAGCGCGUCGCGACGCGUAUUCGCAUGGGGUCAAAGGGAAGAUGCCAAUGUUUACUAGUCGCGCCGUCAGCGACCUUGCGCCAGCUCAUGUGGCAUGCUGGCACUGGAUCGCUUCUGAGGGAGUGGACACCGGCUGACGACGGGUGGUCUACACAGAAGAUAGCAGCUUUUGACUCUUCUUUUUCCGCAGCGCCAAUUGAUGAUGAUCAUACGCUUCGUCAAGCUUCGGAAGGGCUACUCACUUUCUCGAAUAUACGACAGCCUGCUGAUAACCCGUCCCCGUCUGCAAAUUUGACGACGUACCAUUAUGAACAAGGUCAACCUAGGAUGCGGAAACGAAGAAGGACCCACCGCGAUUCCUGA